ACAGUUUUUAACUCAAAAGUGGAGACAGACAGAAGAAAGACAGAAGACAGGCAGAGGACAGACAGAAGACAGACAGGACAAGCGGAGCGACAUGUUUCUAACUCAACAAACGUGUGACAGGAUGAGGAAGCUAACAAGCUAACAAGCUAACGGUCGAGAGAAGAGAAAGGGUCCCAUGAUCUCUGCCGGUGAUGCCGAGUUCCCGCGGGAUUACCACACCCUGGCGGCCGGCGGGGGCCGCGGGGCCCGGCGGUUCCCCGACAACACCAACGGGGGGUUCACGUCGUCCUCGCUGGACCGCCGGCACAACGCCGUGGCCGCCAAGAGCCUGGAGGCCCUGAACAGCAUCCACAAGGCGGACAUCGAACGCCAGCGGGACGCCCUCAUGGAUCUCCAGAAGAACAAGUUCACCAACAGCCCCGGCAGCUUGUCGCAGGGCUCGGCUGCUGCAGGACGACAGCAACAACCAAACUACUGGAGCUUCAAGACUCGCACCCCACGUGUGACACGACUCAGCCCGACACAGCCGGCUCUUGCUGACCAGACCAGCAGGGUAUCCUUUGCGUCAGCUGAAAAUCUGGAGACCAUGUCGGAGCCUGAUAUCCCCAUCGGCUUUAACCGGAUGAACCGGCUCCGCCAGAGCCUGCCGCUGGCUCGCUCGUCCAGCCAGGCCAAGCUGCGGGCACCAGGGAUCUUGUUCCUCCAGCUUGGGGAGGAGACUCGCCGGGUGCACCUGACCCACGAGCUGACCAGCCUGGAUACUCUGAGGGCGCUCAUUGUGCACAUGUUCCCCCAGAGGCUCACCAUGGCCAUGCUCAGGUCUCCCAGCACAGCUCUGUUGAUCAAAGAUGAGACCCGUAACGUCUUCUACGAGCUGGAGGACCCGCGGGACGUCCAGGACCGCUGCGUUAUUAAGAUUUACUGCAAGGAGCCAAUUUACGGCACCUACCCCGGACACCAACACCCACACCUGGCUAACGGAGACCUGCGGAGGGAGAUGGUGUAUGCACCUCAGGACUCUCCGCCUAACCGCCGCCUCAGCAACCCGCCCAUGUCUUCCCAGCAUUCAUCUUCCUCUGCCUCCCCUCAAGGCUCGCCAUCCCGCGCCCGCCUCCUCUACAGCGGCGGCAGGCCUUCUUCCUACGCCGGGCCACCGCACCACACCCACUCCCUGCCGCACCCACACCAACACCCGCACUCCCAGUCCCACCACUCCUCUCCCCACCAGCAGCCACAGCUCCACCAGCCCCAUCACACCCAGCAGGCCUUCUGUGCCUCCUCCAGCGCCAUCCUGGAGCGCAGGGACGUGAAGCCUGAUGAUGAAUUGGGAGGAUCCAGGAGCAUGGUGCUGCUGCGGGGAGACGAACGAGGAGGAGGCGGCAUCUACGCGGACCCCUACUCUCUGGGCCCCGACACAAGUCGGCUGAGUCUCGCAGGAGGGCCUCACUCCCCUCUGCCAGCCAGAGCAGACCCUUAUGGCUCCUUAUACCGCCGUGGAGGAGGCGGAGGAGGAGGAGGAGGAGGAGGUGCUGGAUCCAUGCGUUCACUCACCUCCUAUUCAGCAGCCGCUUUACAAGGAGAGCUGAUGGAGACCAGUGCUCUGUACAGACCAGGAGGACCACUUUAUAACGACGCCUACGCUGCAUCAAUGCUGGCCAUGGGGCUGCGGGUGCCUCCACCUUCCUCCCCGCAGAAGAUACCCGACAUGAGGGAGUCCUAUGCUGGCACCAUGCCCAGCCGGGGCUCCCCUGGGAGGCAGAGUUUGAGGAGGGACUCUGUCACCUCCUCUGUGUUUGGGGACAGUCCCAAAGCUCGGGGCCAGGGCUCAACGCUCGGUCUCACCUCAGAGCAGCUCUGCCUGAUGGCCGGUCCUGGAGGGGAGGGAGGGAGCGCCGGAGGCUUCGGCUCCCCUCUGCUGGGAAAUGAAACGGAGACAAGGGAGCGUAUGGAGGCCAUGGAGAAGCAGAUAGCGAGCCUGACCGGGCUGCUGCAGAGAGUACUGAGCAGAGCGCCUGAGGCAGAGAGCCCGGAGAAGAUUGAGUCAGCCAGUGACUGCUCAGGAACUGACACUUUGACACCAUCUGCUCCCUUGGCCCUGAUGCCACCUCCACCCUCGGGGGCCAACCAGCCUGUGACGGUGUCCCGUCUGCAGAUGCAGCUCCACUUACAAGGCCUGCAGCAGAACACCAACGCGCUGCGCAAACAACUGUCGCAGCUGCGCAACAUGCAGCUGGAGAACCAGGACUCAGUGUUGUCCCUGCUGAGGCAGACGGAGUCCGAGCUGAGCCUCAUGAUGCUGGACGCCAUGCGCACACAGGAGGACCCGCUCCAGAGACAGCGCCUCCUGGUGGAGGAGGAGAGACUCAAGUACCUGAACCAGGAGGAGCUGCUCAUCCAGCAGCUGCAUGACCUGGAGAAGUCGGUGGAGGAGCUGCAGAGGAACUCGUCGGUGAAUCACGGCCUGGUGACGGAGCAGGAUGUGGAGCAGAAGAGCAAAGAGCUGAGGAUGCUUGGUGAGACGCUCACUGAGCUCAAAAACCAGUUCCCCAGCCUGCAGAGUAAGAUGCGGGUGGUGCUGAGGGUGGAGGUGGAGGCUGUUAAGUUCCUGAAAGAGGAGCCUCACCGCCUGGACGCUCUGCUGAAGCGCUGCAACACCAUGACCGAUGCACUCAGCACGCUCCGCAGUCUCUUGUGUUCCUCCUGUAUCUACAGACAAGUGACAGAGGGAGUGUGGAAGGGCCCUGAAGACCUCUCUAGCCAAUCACAGAAGAGAUCGGAGGACAUGAGUCGCAGCUCUGACCUGGAUAUCCUCAACAGUCCUCCUCUCAGCCUCACUGACCUGAGCACCAGCGCCGGCCUGGCCAACUGGAUGCCCGUGCCCGCCGGCGACGCAGACACCUCGGGCCCCGAGCAGGACAUCCAGCCCUCGAUGACCUUCAGAAACCGGGUCCUCGAUGAGCUGCCGAGUCGACGUCCUGCUGAUAAGUCUGUGUCGGCUGAAGUCAGACUGGCGGCAGAGCGGGACUGGGAGGAGAAGCGUGCCAGCUUGACCCAGUUCAGUGCCCAGGACAUCAAUCGCCUGCUGGAAGAGACCCAGGCCGAGCUGAUGAAGGCCAUCCCGGACCUCGACUUCGCUGCCAGGCACAUCAACAAGCCUGCAGUGCCCCCCAAGCCCCAGAUCACCAUCCCAAUAACCUCCACCACAGCGACUUCUCCUGCGGCGGGGACCACUGGGACCACAGCCACCACCACGUCAACCACCACACCCAGCGGGGACCAGCAGCCUGGCAAAGUGCAGCUGGCUGCCCAGAAGCUGAACAGCAUGGAGGGGGCUGGUUCACAUCGAGGGUCAGUGGAUCUCAACGUGGCCAGGUAUCGCACAGAGAAACCCUCCAAGUCUCCGCCCCCACCUCCACCUCGCAGAAGCUUCCCGUCGGCACACGGCCUCACCACCAACCGCACCGGAGAGGUCAUCGUCACCAACAAGAACAUGAAGAUGGAAGAAGAUGGCGAGAUGCCCAAAACUCUGGUGAAGCUGAGGCGGACCCCCUGUGACACGCCUCGACCUGCCUCGACCCCGCCUGUGAUCGCAGCAUCCGCCAUUCAAGACGAGGACAACGAGGAAGAGAAGAUUAUCGCCGAGCUGGAGAUAUUUCAGAGAGCACCUGUAAAAGAUUGUAGUAAACAGUACAGCACCCAACCAAAGGCCACCCCCACCCCUCCCUGCACCUCUGGCUCCCCAGGCAGAAAGAACAGCACUAACUCUCCGGGGCCGACGAAGGGCCCCACCGUCGCAGCCAGGCUCAAACACCUUCAGCAGGGCAGCCUGGAGAGGCCCAAAACCCGCAAGCAGAAAGAGGAUUUCCCCAAAGUCCAGGGCCAGCAGCAGGUAUUCCACUUCUAA